UGCAGCCUCAUCAUCAGUACCAGCUUGUCAGUGGUGCGAAGAUGGCGGCAUACAGUUACUCUCAGCUGCUGCCGCUGCUGUUGACGUCCGUGUGUCUCUGCGGCUGCUUCGGCUCCGUCCUCGGCUCGAAGGCUGCCGGCGGCCCGGCCGAGCCGCCCAACUCUCCAACCGGCCUCAGAGCCGCGGAUCCCCCGGCCAAGGAUGCACCUGCCGCCGCAGCCGCCGCCGCCGCCGCCUCCUCCUCCGCCGAUGCUGCUGCUGCUGGCGUCGCUGGGGCCUCUCAGCCUCGAAGGGCGACCGCUUGGAAGCUGUCGGAGGAGGAGGCCUGCCGGGAGGACCUGUCCCGCCUCUGUCCCAAGCACACCUGGACCAACAACCUGGCCGUGCUGGAGUGCCUGCAGGACCGCAGAGAGGAAUCUGAGAUCUCUCCUGACUGUAACCACGUAAGUAUCGUCCUCCGAAACAUUUAGUUAUUCUUUAGAUGAUUCAAAGGAGAGAAAGAGAAUCUGUUUGUACAUGUUUGCACAUUUGAUUGCAGUGGUGGAAUAUAACUAAGUACAUUUACUCAAGUACUUUACGUAAGUACAAUUUUGAGGUACUUGUACUUGACUUUAGUAUUUUGUAGUUGACGUUACUGUAAGAAGAAGCCAGACCUGGGUCUGUCCACGGUGGACCGGUCUCUGCUGGAGGACCUGGGUCUGUUCACGGUGGACCGGUCUCUGUUGGAGGAUCUGAGUCUGCCCACGGUGGACCGGUCUCUGCUGGAGGACCUGGGUCUGUUCACGGUGGACCGAUCUCUGUUGGAGGAUCUGGGUCUGCCCACGGUGGACCGGUCUCUGCUGGAGGAUCUGGGUCUGUCCACGGUGGACCA